AUGUACGAUGACAGCGACAGCGACAGCGACAUCGCCUACGUCAGGCACGUCUUGCGGUACAUGUACCCAGGAUCGACGCCGAAAAACGGCCGAGUCAUCGUGUUGCCGGCUGGGACGCUCGGCGACGGGAAGUACGGCGACGAGGAAAUCGACGGCGAGUUCUGCGUCGCGCUCCUGAUGGACGACGGCGUGAACGUCGAUCGAUGGAGGGUGCGCGUGUACGAUAACUCGUUCGACGGUUGGCGUUUACUCGGCGUUGGGAUCACGAGCUUGUGUUGGAACCACGUCGGACCGUCGCUGCGCAGGUGCGAGCUACAGCUCGAGGAAAAGCCGCAGCCGGCGUCGACGUCGGCGAUGGAUGCGUUGGACUUGAACACGUGCCGAGCGCCGGCGGUGGGAGAGCAGAACGGUUAUUUUGGCAUAGGCAUCUACAACGGAAAGAAUACGCAGAAUCUGGGCACGCUGUGGAGAAGCGCGUAUCAACUGGGCGCGGCGUUCGCCUUCGUCAUCGGGCGUCGAUUCAAAAAAGAAGCGAGCGACACGCCAAAGUCAUGGACACAGAUUCCAACGUUUGAAUACAGCGAUUGGGAUGAUUUCGUGCGUAAAUCGCCCGUCAGUGCGGUGUGGGUCGGCGUUGAGAUGGGCGGUACCCCGCUCGAAAAUUUUGAGCACCCGCGAAACGCCGUGUACAUACUCGGCAGCGAAGACACUGGGUUGAACACGACGAUGCUUCGAGCAUGUCAGCACCACAUCGCAUUACCAACCACUGGUACGCGGAGUCCGAGUUUCAACGUCGCCGUCACGGGCGCAAUCAUAAUGUACGACCGCGAGCUCAAAAGGCGAGCCGCCGCGGCGAAGCUCGCCGCGCUCCCGACGCAAAAUCGUCGAGACGGCAUAGACAGCGUGAAACCACUCAAGUCGAGCGCCUCGCAUUAG